AUGGUCAAAAUCGACGAAUUCGCCGUUGAGCGGUGGAUGGAUGACUAUGAAAACGAUGCUAAGUUCAAUUUGGCAGAGACAUGCUGCGCGUCAAUCUCCCUGACCGAUCUGCUUGCUCUCUCGGGGAACUCAGAUCAGAAGGAUAAGGUCUUAGAUUAUUCGAAGAAGCAGGUCUAUGGAGCAAUCCGGGGAUCGACAGCUCUACGCACCAAUAUUGCGCGGCUGUACUAUAGCGACUCGUCGACUCAACUACCCACAGAUCAAGUUCUGAUCACGAACGGGGCAAUUCAGGCGAACUUCUUGGCUCUCUAUACGAGUGUUGGCCCAGGGGACCACGUUAUCUGUCAUUAUCCAACAUAUCAGCAGCUAUACUCAGUUCCAAAGUCGUUUGGAGCCGAGGUCAGCCUAUGGAGGUCCAGAGAAAAUGAAGGGUGGCGACUGGACCUUGAUGAGUUAAGAUCUUUGAUUCGUCCAAACACGAAGUACAUCGUUAUCAACAAUCCCCAAAAUCCUACUGGAGCGGUCUUGACUCGCGCAAACCUGCAAGGCAUUGUGGAUAUCGCACGAGAACAUGGAAUCAUCCUCCACAGUGAUGAGGUAUAUCGGCCUCUAUUUCAUUCUUUGGACGCAGACAGCCAAGAUCCACCAUCUGUACUCUCAUUUGGAUACGAGAAGGCCAUUGUCACUGGUUCUAUGUCCAAGGCUUUCAGUCUGGCUGGUAUCAGACUUGGUUGGAUCACGUCGUUGAGCCCUAAAUUAAUUGAAGCCUGUGCGUCUACCAGGGAUUACACCGUGAUCUCGGUAAGUCAGGUUGAUGACCAAAUUGCCACGUUUGCUCUCGAUAGCCCGACUGUGCAUAAUCUUCUGGCACGCAAUAUCGAUUUGGCUCGGCGAAAUCUCGCCGCUCUGGACGGCUUUGUCAAGGAGUUCAAGUGGGCCUGCCAAUGGACUCGCCCUCAAGCGGGCACGACCGCUUUUAUCAAAUUUUCUGACAAAGGUGGAAGGCCCGUUGAUGAGGUGGAAUUUUGCAAGCGUCUGCAGCAGAAUACCGGAGUGAUGUUCGUGCCUGGAAGCCAGUGCUUUGGAGGCGGAGUUGAUUUCAAGGGCUUCGUUCGGGUGGGUUAUGUCAAUGAGCACCAAGCCAUCAUCGACGGUCUCAACGCCCUUCGAGUUUUCAUGGAUGAUGGCUAUUCCGAGUUGCCCUUGGCAUAG